AGUGAUUACUCAAGUGACACUGAGAGCGAAGACAAUUUCCUGAUGAUGCCACCAAGAGACCAUCUCGGCCUCACUGUAUUCUCCAUGCUCUGCUGCUUCUGGCCGCUGGGAAUUGCUGCCUUUUACCUGUCCCAUGAGACAAACAAAGCCGUGGCCAAAGGGGACUUCCACCACGCAAGCUCCAGCUCCCGGCGAGCGCUCUUCCUGGCUGUGCUGUCCAUCACAAUUGGAACUGGCAUCUAUGUUGGGGUGGCCGUGGCUCUUAUUGCCUACCUGUCCAAAAACAACCAUUUAUGAACCUCAGGAAAGGGGAGAACCAGCCACCUGGCACUCACACUACAGCAGAUCAGACUGCAUGGUUUUCCAAAACAACCAAGAGACAAACAAACACCUUCUGGGGGCAGGUACUGGAUGAGAUGGUCUUGUGUGUUAUUGUAGGGUGGGAAGAUGGGCUGAGGUGAGGAGA